AUGGAAGUGGUACAACCGAUUGAGGUUCAUAGCAUUGAUUACGAGGUUUUGAAAAAGAUGGAAGACGAACACUUAAGGCUUCAGAGACAGGUCCGAUUGAUCCAGGUGGAUCGUCAGCACCGCAACAUGGGGGUGCACCCUCAGUUCCGAAGACAGGACAUGCUCAUGCAGGCCUUAAAGAAGGAAUACCGCAACCUUUCUAAAGACCUUAAGAUCGCCAGAUCUGGAGCUCAUAAGAAGAAAGACAAGAAGAUGAAAGUUGAACUACGGAAGUCAUUGCUGCUCCGCGUUGCAGCUCAACAGGAGUGUGAUGCUCACGUAUCGAUGAUGCAACAAUACAACGGUUUGAUACAGAAAAACUACAAAGAAACUAUGAAUCUUAGAAAACUAGCGAGUACUACACAGGGAAAGAUUGAAGAACGUCGCUGGCAAAGUGAGUACCGCCUGAUAUCAGCAGAGAACAAGCUGGAGGCUGCCAAGCUGAGAUUCAACGCUGUGCAGUGCGAGAACAAGAAGAUCAGAGAGGAGAUUGAGCAUAUGUUGCGGGACCGUGCCCUCUUCAACCAAUCAUGGGACAAGAUGAUGGCAGUUCUGGGCAAGGGCAAGAAGUUCCUAUACGACCUGUUCGAGUCCUCGACCCUGGCUUACGACCAGAGGGACGAGUGGUGCACUAAGCUGAGGACCAUGCAGGAGAAGGGGAAGAUUGAUCAGAUGUUGCAAGUGCAGGAAAUGCGAGACCUAAUAAAAGCAUACGACCAUGAGAUGAAAGUAUACCAGUUCCUAGCCACCAAGGGUAUGACAAGAAUCAACAGAAUCCAAGAGAAUAGAGAAGAAGAACAGAGAAGAAUAGCGGAUGAGAAGCAAAAAAAGCGCUAUCAAUACCAUGUUCGGCUUUUGGAUGAUAUUUCGGACUACACUGGAGAAAACAGCACUCGCAAAAUAUUGGAUUUAUUCCGUAAGAAGGAGCAGGAGAACUUCUCCAUAUACCUGAUGCUGACCGUGUACUGCUCUGAGAAUCAGGUGCUCCGCCGUGAUGUACAGGAUAUUAGGCAACAAGUCUAUGACCGCCGAGAGUCUAUAGAACAAACAGAGAACAAACAGAAGAAUAAAAUGGACAAAUUGCUCAGUCUUCUAGAAGAACAGAAGGCAAGAACAGAAGCUAUGAGGAAGAAGAAUGAAGAAAAGAAGCAACUGAUACAUGACGUCAUGAUUAAAAUUAAUGAUAUGUUUACCAUGUUAGACUGCAACUUAGAGCCGUUCCAUAACCUGCUCGGAGACAAGCACCCGUCCGUCCACCAGCUCCAGCUGUCGCUGCAGCUCAUCACUGAAAAGAUUAAGACGUACAAAGAAUAUAUCUAUUAUUAUGAGCACUGCUUAAAGAAGAGUGAGAAGUCAGGUACCUCCCGCCUAAGGAAGUAUACGUUGAGGGAGGAACCUCCUGUGACGUUCAAACCGGUUCCCAUCAGUACACUGGUGCCGGCUGAUCCGUGCCCAUCCUGUGUAGAAGCUCGCUGGCUUUCCCGCAUAUUUGACGGUACAGAGCUUCCCUUCGACACAAGCAUGGCCAUUCAGGCCCUCAGAGAACUGUCCUGCGACCCCGCCUACGUGAGAAGUGACAGGGUUCAUACUAUAACGGAGUGCAUAGUACCCCGCAGUAGAGCGCUACUCGCAAGGCGGUACGUCAACCACUGA